UGAACCGCUGCCUGCAGUACCGUUCGACUGACAUCGCUAGUUUGCACUGUUAAAUGCGAUCCGCUGUAACCGCUAAUUUCAGGAUCUUGUGGACGUGGUGUUGGACGAGAACCAACUUGACGAUGCAUGCGAACACGUCGCUGAAUACCUGGAAGGAUAUUGGCGCGCCACACAUCCGCAGGUCAAGUCGCCGCCGCGCAUUCGUCGUCACAUCGACCGACUCUAUCCGGCUUACUUCGCUUCUAACCCAGAGAUGCCCAGAAGCGAAUAUAACCUUUAUCAUUCGAGAGCAGUUCCAUCGUACAUAAUGGCUCAUGGCGAAGUGGGACAGACCGCCCCUGCCGCUAGAACAGAAACGUUUGCAAGUAUGUCCGUCGACGGGCUAAACUUUGGCGUCCACCCUAUGGUGGACAUCGACGACACGCUUCACACUGAGCACAGAACAACGAAGUUCAGCCCGGUGACUGGUCACGGCGAUGCGUUUACAGAAAUGACUGUAAACAUGCUGAGGGCAGUGAUCGUCGCCCAGUACGAAGAACUUUUAGGGAGCUCCAGAACGGUCGAGGACUACCGCCUGCUCAACAAUCUUAGGCGUAUGGCGGCUGAUUUCCUGUGUUCCGCAACUGAGGAUGCUAAGUUCUUCAACCGAACUUUCGAAAAGAUACUGGCACGCUCUGCCGCUGACGCGCCAGCCGGCUUUAACGGAAUCCACGCGGCUACGUUGUUCGACAGUUUGGAGAAGAUCGUGACUAACGUUUUAGCAUGUGGCUGGCGAAAAGAAUUCGGCCGAAUCCAGGUAUCACUCCUAAGACACAAAAAGCAAUCAUAGCA